GGUCUAUCGACCGCAGCUAUCGCACUGGGUUACUAUACGCUAUAAUCGAAUAUUGUCCACCUCUACGAAGCAGUGAAGAAAAUUAUAGCGUGGUUUUUUCGGUAGAAAAACAAUUAAAAGUGCAACAAACAGUGAGAAAAACACAGUCCAACCAACUCAGCCGUGCAUGCCCAGUCAGCAGCGAUCCGCGAAUCCAGCGAAGAGAUUUCUUGAUUCCCCCAGCCUGAAAGUGUCACCGCCAAGACGUACGUGCGAAAAAUGUUUUGGGACAAGGGUUAUGCGCCCUCCGCGAAUAUAGAGGCGCUGCUGGAGAAGGAGAACUCAACGCUGGAGGAGUUCCUGGACGAGGAGGACAUACUGCAGGAGUGCAAGACGCAAAAGAAGAACCUGGUCAACUACUUUACACGUCCCGAGGUCAUUAGGCGCCUGGUGGAGCUUAUCACGACCGAGCCCUCUGAAGAUGUGCCCAUGUCGCAGCGAUUCCGCUACGCCAACAUGUCCUGUGAGAUACUUACACUCGGCCUGCCGUCCCUGGAUGAGAAGCUACUGACCGACGCGGAGACGCUACAGCUUCUGUAUUCAUAUCUGGAAAAGGAACCACCGUUAAAUCCAUUGCUAUCGUCGUUUUUUAGCAAAACGUUUAGCAUGCUCUUUACCAAAAAGCCUGAACAAGAUUGGUUUUUGUAUCAACACAUGUGCCUACAACUCCUGGAGUAUAUUAAAUCGCAGAAGACCUUUUUGGAUUUCAUUUGUAAACACUUUGACACACCGGUCAUACCUGAUCUAAUAAUGCAGAUGAUGAAGGACAUCGAGGGUGGUCAACUCAAGCGGAACCUUUUCGAAUGGCUAACUGAAGAUAAAAUUGUGGAGAGACUGAUUGAAAUAUUGCGUAAUCCUCAAGAAACCGACAAGCAUGCAAAUGUUGCCGACUUUUUCUGUGAUCUUAUUAACCAAGGGCGCUUGAUGCGCCAGACGGAGCAGGAGAACGAUUCGUUUGAGCCGGCCUUCGAUGGCUCCAACCCCAUACUGAAGACGAUUGAAUCUGCGGACACUAUUGAAGCCUUGUUAAAUGUGAUUCUGGAACCAAACGCUCAGGAGAGCGCCAUCUUAUCAGGAAUAUCGGUUGUACUUACCCUCAUCAAGCCAAUUACCUUCACAGAUGAGCCCAACUCGGAUCGCCAGCGGUUGCUGCAAAAGCGCGAGCGCGAAUUCCACCAGGAAGUGCAGGAGACUGUGAUCACUGUGAUGGCGCCACGCCUCCAGGAAUUUGUUCACGUACUGAAGAACCCGCCUGCGAAACCCACACUGGAAACAACGGCGGCGGUGUUGACGCCCCCCUUUGGCAAGACCCGUCUACAAGUGUGCCGCGUAUUUACCGCCCUGUUGGAGACCAAGCAUGAAACCAUUCAACAGGCAAUCUGCGCGACUGAGUAUUUCAGCCUGCUGCUCGAGUUCUUCAAGCAGUACUGCUGGAACAACUUCCUGCACACCGAAAUGGAAAAGGCCCUUCACGUGGUCUUUUACAACGAGCUGUCCAACAACAACACGGCGUCCACAGAGGUCACGGACUUCUUUACCGCCGACUGCCUCAUCAAUGCCUUCCUGAAAGUGGAAACCGAAGAGUCUGAGGUGGAGAUGAAGAACGCACUUAACGAUGCAAAGCGGGCGGAGGGAGGCAACGAGGAGGAAGGUGGCGACAUCGAAAUCGAAGUGGCAGCUGCGCAGGAAGCGGCUGCCCAGGCGCAGAAUGAGCAACAGCCAGCGGCCGAAGAAAGGCAGGAGGAGCAGACUGCCCAGGAAGAAGUCACCGCAGAAGCAACUCCUUCAGAAGGAGAUGAACCUAAAGCCCAGGAAAAUCAUGUGGAGAACAGUGAGGUAGAUGGUGACUCUCCAACAGGUCAGCAGGAAACGGAGCCAACGCUCAAUGAUCUCGACAAGACCAAGACCGUGCCCAGUGCCCCGCCCUCCGAAAUGCAAACUCAUUUGAUUGUAAACUGUCACUUGGUGUCCAAACUGGUCGAUUUUUGGCAGCACAAUGCGCAGGCGCAAUCUGCUGAGAAGGGUCGCCGACUGGGCUAUAUGGGCCACCUUAUCAAAAUUCUGCGUCACAUUACGAAUUGUAUAUCAGAAUCUGAACAUAUCUCUGACCUGAUUACCACCAGCUUAAGAGACGAGGCCGAACUUAAGCUCUGGCAAUCGCUGAUCGAUGCGGAAACCGGUGAAUUCACGAUGGCGGUCAAGCAGCAGACCAAGCUGCUGGCCGACUGCAAUCCGCACGAGGAGAACGAUUACAGUGUGGGCUCCAAAGAUUAUCUGGGCGAGACAAAUGCGUGGGACAUCGGAACUGUGUCGUACAGCAACAUGGGAUACAGUGACCUGGACAAUACAUUGCAGGACAUUGUGUUUACCAUGGACAACGAUCAGAACUUGUUCCAGUUUGGUCGAAACAUUGACGACGAGGAUGAUGAUGAUGAUGAGCAUGGAGAUCAUUCAGGAGGUGGCGAUGGCCACGGACACGGCAUGUUCACCAAAAACUCGAUCACGUUGAACAACUUGGCGGACCCCUGGGACAUGGACGUCCAGUUCUCCGACAUUCCCAGCGUGUCUGCGCAGGUUAACACGGGCACCGCCAACUGGGGCACGGAUUUUAAUGCGGACAACUUUGCCGACUUCGAUGCGCACUUCAGCACCUUUGGCAGUGAUCUGGGUAUGCCCACAACUGCUCCGCCAGGCAUCGACGAGGCGGAGGACUCUCCCCCCGCCCCGCCAUCUGCCACCGAAGUGCAGGCAGAUGAUGAGCGCACACCCGCUGAAUUUGUUGAGCCCGUUGUGGCCAAGAGCAUCCAGAAUAACAUAGCGCAUAGCGACGAUCAGCAGGCUGAGUACGACAAUAAUGCCAAUGUGGAGAAGGCCAUUAGCGAAAAGCUAGCGGAGUCGAGUGUUGUGGAGACCGCGUCGAUUGUUACCCGACUGCAGUCUGUGUUGUUGGACGGCGAAGAAGACUACGAGGACGACGAGGGCAUGUGGACCAAGCCCCUGGGUGGAGAUCGUCCCACGGAGAUAGAGCAGACCACGCCCAUUUCGAAUGGGCCAACCAGCAAAGUUCAUGAAUUCAACCAUGCCAAUGAUAACAGCAGCAGCAACGUGGAUGGCCACCAAGUCAACAUCACAGCGGAGCAACAGAAAUUGGCAGCCGGCGCCAAGACGAACAAUGUAGAAAUUGCAACUACGACCACAUAAAUAAACUCUCACCACACCACACAUCAUCAAACCGCAAUUGUAUAGCAUAUAAUGUGUCGACGACAAAUUGUAAAAAUGCCUUUGAUUUGCUCUUUGGUCAUUCUUAUACAUAAUCAUGCAUACAUAUUUAUAUAAAUAUAUACCACAUACUACUACCAUACGUACAUAUAUAACAGGCUGCAUAGUACAACAAACGAUUUGUGUAUUAGCAAAAGGCCGAAGCCCGCCCAAAACCAAAAUGAAAAUUAUCAAAAAAACGAAAAAAAAUGUUCAAAGUGAAAAGUAUGUUGUUGAUUCCUUCUGCUCCUCGCUCGUAUUGCCAAUUAUUUUAACUAUUACUCUUCCUUCAUGUUUCCUAAUUAAGAGAACUGUAUUUUGUUUGUAAUUUGUAUUAGUCUGUCGUUUUAGUACGCUUUUACUUUCAAUACUCUCAAUGUGUUAGGCAACCUAUGAGCAUUACUUAAAGUACCAAAAUUCACGCAACGUCUUAGAAUGCUUAGUUUUUAUUUGUAUUGUAUUUGUUUUAGAUCGAUCAGACGAAGAAUAUUUACCAAUUCAUAUGAUAUAUAUAUAUAUUUACACACACAUUUGGGUGCUGUCCAAAAAUGUCGUCAUCCCAUUUUCCCCUAUUGUCGUCCUCCUUUUGUAAGGAAUUCCCUCCAAUUAGGGAUGACGUAAUGUUCGGACAACCCCACCCUUACACACUUGUAUUGUUAAAUUGGAGACUUGUAUUUAUUAUAUGUAUGUAUUUUGAAAGCAAAAGCAAUGCCAAAAUACCGACACGUUCAACACCACAUACCGACAUGCUGCAAGCACAAAAGUAAUAUAUCGGUAUAUAAUAUACUUAUGUCUUUUGCCAUUAUUACCUUGUUUGUAUACAAAUCGGUUUAACCAAAAAAAUUUCGUUGUCAAAAGUACAAAACACUGAUAGCAAACAUAAAAGAAUAUGAAAAAAAAUCAAAAACAGCAUUUGUCACCACAUGAAUGAUUUACACCCCCGAUUUACACACCACCACCUAUGACUAUAUACGAUUAACAGAACCAAAUGAAACAAGAAAUUCAAAAGAAGACUUUCCAAGAAGACAUUUUAAAUUUACAUUUAUAUUUUUUGUGUAUUGUUUUAUUUACUUUGUUCAAGUUGUCGCUGAAAAAUGUUUGUGUUUUAAACGUGCAGAGAACCACGAACAAAACGCUGAAAAACAUUGAGAAGAAGUAUAACAAAUAUGCCAUCUUUUGCUUCCAAAUAAUUAUGUUUAAAAUAUGAUUAAAAAUAAAACAGAAACUACUUUAAAAGUGAAAUCGAUGUUUGUUUUACACAAGACAACUUGCUCACCAAAAACAAAAAAAAAAACAAAAACAAACAAAAAUGUAGACACAUAGAGUAUAUUCUAAGAUAAUCAAGAGAGAAAAGCGGGCAGCAUAUCAGGCAAAGACGUGUGAAUAAUGAAAACUAAAUAACCAAAACCCUCCCUUAUGCAGAUAAUCCUUGUUUGCUGUUUCAUUGACGAAACUUAUUAAUAGGACACGAUUUUGCACAAAUUUAAACUGGCUUUUUUUAUUAUUUUGCAUUCUGUAGCAGCACAAAAUACUAACGAACAACCAAGAACAUUGAUUUAACAAAAACUGCAUAAAUAAGAAAUUUAAAAAAAUAUUGAAAUGUUUAAACUAUCUCUGAUGAAAAACUGUGAUAAUUAAAUGAAGUUGCAGGGUAUUUGAUAAAGCAAACUUAAUUUAAACAAAUUGUAAAACAUCAACUAAUGGCCUCAACCAUUUGGAACAUACAAGACACAGCCAACACGAGACACUCUAAACAAGUUAAUUAUACGAUUCUUUAGCAUCACAAUCAGCAUGACACCUCGACAACCAAACAGCAAUAACUACUGCAAUGAAAUCUAAUUGAAGGAGUUUUAAUGUGUAGUCUGUAACCGUGCGAAAGUAUCGCUAAGUUCGAGCUAGUAGGGAUAGUACAAGAUCGCAGCUCUUAGUUCUCUAGCUUCUCACAAACUAAGCUCUAAACUAAAGUAAAACUUAAAUACUCAUAUCAAGCCAAUUGUAAACCUUGUACUGUACAUACAAUUGUCCCCAGUAUUGUCUUCCCCUCUAGUUAUGUGUUUUCGUUUCUACCAACUAACUUAGUAUCCAAAAUCCAACGAUUAGCGACGAUUAUCGAGUCCUUCCCUUGUGCAUAUGCCUUACUAAAAAAUAAAAAAAAAAAAAAUAAAAAAAAAA